AUGAAUGAAAAUAAAGAAAUAUUUAAAGAGAAAUUAUUUAAAUAUUUAGAUAAAUUUAUAGAAGUGAGUAUAGAAGGGAAAAAUAAAGAAUUAAUAUUAACACCGGGAUUAGUAAUGUUUAUGAAUGGGAUGGCACAUCCAUCAUUUGGGAAAAGAAAUGGGAUGAGUGAAUUUUUUAGACGAAUUAAACAUAUUAAAAUUGAACCUGAAUCAGGAGAAAUCUUAGGAGGGAUACAAGAAGGGAAAAAUAUUAAAUUACCUAUAGGAUUUGUUUCAGCAUGUAGUAUUACACGAUUACAUAUUCAAGAUUUAAAAGUAUUUGUAAAUAUGACAACAAAAGGAUUAGCGGAGAAUUUAAUAGAAUUAACAGUAGAAAAUAGUAGAAUUCAAACGUUAGAAAUAUUUUUAGGAUCAACACAAGGAUUAAUAUGGAAGAAAUUAAAAACAUUAAAAUGUAUUAAAUGUAAAGUAAAUGUUAUUGGAGCAGGAAUAUUUGAAAAGAAAUUAUUUCCAAAAUUACAAUUUUUAGAUUUAAGUUAUAAUGAAAUUAAAGUUAUAGAAAAUUUAGAAGAAAGACCAACAGAUACAUUAAUAUUAAAUAAUAAUAAAAUAAGAGAAUGUUAUAUGUAUUAUUCAAAUAAUAUUAAAAAUUUAUUUGUAGAUGAAAAUUAUAUUGAAACAUUAAAUGGAUUUCAAGCUAUGGGAGGAUUAGAAUGUUUAUCAGCAAGAAGAAAUAGGAUAACAAUGAUAAAAAAAGAACAACAAAGUUUUAAAUUAAUGAAAAAUUUAAGUGAAUUAGAUUUAAGUGAAAAUCCAGUAUGUGAAAAAGAUAAUUUUCGAAUAGAAUUAAUAUCAUAUUUACCAGAAUUAAAUAGAGAAAUAGAAUUUAUAUUAAAUGAAGAAGAUGUAACAAUGAGAGAAAUUGGAGAAGCAAUGAAAAUGAAAUAUGGAAGACAUGAAGAAGAAAAUAAUUAUGAAUAUAUGAUGAAUGAAAUUAAUGAAAAAAAAGAAAGUAAUAUUAAAACACAAAUGGAACUUGUAGAUAGUUGGAAAAGAGAAAGAUAUUUAAUAGGAAUAAUUAAAGGAAUAAGAAAAGAAAAUAAAUAUAUUAAAUUUAUAAGUGAAAUAGUUAAUAAUGUUAUGAAUCAAAGAAUUAAUACAAUUCAACAAGAUAUUAAAACUAUCAUUAAAUUAAGAAAAAUAUGUAAUAUUAAAAUAGGAUAUGAAAAUAAAGAAAUUAUUCCAUUAACAUAUGAUUUUGAAAGAUUUAAUAUUAAAUUAGGAGAAAUAGAAGGAAAUAUUCGAAUAGAUACAGCAAUUGAAACAGGAAUACAAAGUUUAAUAGAUGAAAGAAAAGGAGUAAAAAAUUUUGGGAUUUCAUUAGUUAAUUUUAUAUCAAAAACAUAUAAAGGAAGAAUAAUUAGAAUUAUAUUACCAGUUGAAAUAGAUAGUAUUAAAAAAACAAUUGAAAUGAUAAUUGAAAUAUUUAAAAAACAUAGAGAAAUAAUUCAAGAACCAAUAGUUAGAAAAGAUGGUAGAAAAGUAUUUAUGACAGAAAUGUUAAAACAUAUUAAUCAAAUGUUAUGUAAUAUUGAAAGAGGAGGAAAUGAUUAUAAAGAAUAUGUAAUAAGUAAAACUAAAAUUACUAAAGAACUUGAAGAAAAGAAAGAAACUCGAUUUGUAGAAUAUAAUAAACCAAAGAAAGAAAGAGAGAAUUCACAAAUGUUAAAAAGACAAGCACCUAAACGAGUUGGAGCUAAAGAUGAGAAAGUUAUUGAAAGUAGUAUUGGAUUUGAAUUUGAAAAUAUUUGUAAAGAAAAUACAAAUAAAGAAGAAGAUACAAGUACAAAUAGAAAUCGAAUAGAAUUUAAUGAUAAGAUUAUAGAAGAGAAGAAAGAUAAAGAAAAACAAGAAGAAAUUCAAACACAAUUAGAUAGUCUUUCAGUUGAUAUUCCAAAAGUUAUUCGUAGACCUGGUAAACGACGAGAUAAACAAGAAGAAAAGAAAGAAGAGAAAGAAAUAAGUGAUAGUCAAAUACAUAAAAUUGAUAUUGAGAUUAAAGAUGGAUUAGACAAUGAGUCAUUACAGUCAGAAAGUGCACCACAAGCUGUAGUAAAAAGAAUUUCAAGAAAAGGAAAUAGAAGACCACCAACGAAAAAAGCACUUCAAGUUGGGUCUAAAGAACUUAAAGAAGAAGAUGUUGUUCAUUUAGAUGUACCAGAAAGUCAUGAUGAAUCUUCUCAACAAACACAUUUAGAUGAAACAACAACGUCACAUAUCGACAAUGAGAAACAAAGCGAAAAACAACCUGAAAAGAAAAUUAUAGGAGGACAAGGAUUUGGAGGAGGAGUUAAUGCAGAAUUAAUGGCUAAACUUGCAUUAAAAAAGAAAAACUAA